CUAGACUGCUAGUCAAAACCCCAAACGGGCAACCAGCCCUCUGUUCGACCACUAUAAUGGCGGCCGCCACCACAGCCACCGCCGCGGCAGCCGUAGCCGCCGCAUGUUCGUCCAACGUCUCUGUUUCCGACGCCACGAACGCAUUUCCAUCCAACAUAGCCACCAUAUCCUCUGCUUCCGACUCCGACUCCGAGGAUCUCCAACUCCUCCUCCCAAACCUCCUCCCCGCUUCCGCCGCCGCCGCCCCCUCAUCCGAUGAGCAGCUCCACCAAUUCCACCUCCCUGCGCUUCCGUCCCCCAUCACCAUCCGCACCAUCCCUUCCCUCGGGCUCACCUUCCAGCUCUGGCCCUCCGCCAGCACGCUCCUCCGCUUCCUCCCAGCCUCCCCGCAUCUCCUCCCGCGCCCGCCCACCACACACUGCCCACUCAGCAUCCUCGAGCUCGGUUCCGGGACCGGCGCCGCGGGCCUCGCCCUGGCGGCAGCCCUCCCAGCGCACACCGUCCUCUCCGACCUCCCCGCCGCGCUCCCCAAUCUCCGCCACAACGCCUCCCUCAACGUGCCCCUCCUCGACUCCCGCGGCGGCUCCGUCUCCGUCGUGCCGCUCCCCUGGGGCGAUGCCGCCGCCAUGGAGGCCGUGGUGGCCCCAGCGCCGGCGUCUCGGUUUGACCUCGUCGUGGCGUCGGACGUGGUCUACUACGAGGAGUUGGUUGACCCCUUGAUAGAGACGCUGCGGUUCUUCGUGAAGAGCGAUGUGGUGUUCCUGAUGGCGCAUAUGAGGAGGUGGAAACGCACGGAUAAGAAAUUCUUCGGGAAGGCCAGGAAGGUGUUCGACAUUGAGGUGUUGCACAAGGAUCCACCCCCGGAAGGCUGGCGCCAUGGUCCGGUGGUCUACCGCUUCACAGUGAAGAAGCAGCGUGUCAGGAAGUGAAGAAGCAGCUUCCAAAAGGUAAUGGAUGUAUGCUUGCUUAUGCCCAUGCUGAUUCUACUGCACUGCUAGAGUUAAACACAAAAUGUUUCUCGCAAACCAUGUGACUUUGUGCAACUGAUGACAAAAUUAAACAUGAAACCUUUCUUCCGAGCUCGGAACAGUAUCGCAUUGUGACUGAGGCCGAGAAUUUAGUUGUAUGCUGAUUGGGAUUGUGCGCUGGCCCAAUUUGUAGUUGAUUUCGUGGUACAUGAUCAAAGUGUUGGAUUGUAGUUCCGAAUUUCAUGAACGCUCACCUAAAGUUAUACAUUGCCUGAA